UCACUGUUGAAGCUUACUGUACAAUAUUCGUGACGAGACCUUAAACGUCUAUAUCAUAACUAAAAGACAACAGCACUUUGUUAUGGUCCACUUAGAAUCUAUUCUUUUCAUUAAGUGCUUAUCACAUCAAUAUUUCUUCUGAUGGAUGAUGGUGAAGCAAAAUGCAAAUCAAGCAAAGAAGCGAAAGGUUUCUAUUGGAGGAGAAAAAAAUGGUUUCCAUUGGAGAAGAAAUUACCAUAUUAGGAUGAUGACGUGACUGACUUGUCGCCUGCGCUUGGAGUUACCCUUCAGCGUCUCCUUUCUUGUGUCUUUUUGUUGCUAUUUCCAUCUGCUUCUUUGAUUAAUUGACGAGCCAAAUUCUGUCUUCCAACCUGUUACAGUUCACCCUUACAUUAAGAGAAUGUUGAAGGGGGACUCACACCACAUGGAUUUCAAUCAGUUAAUGGCACAAGCUGCCCAGUUUGCCAAACAACAAGAUGCAACACUGGCCGAAAAAGCAGAACAGAAACGACGAGACGAAGAGGAAAAACGAAGGAAAGAAGAACGAGAUUUACGCGAACGACGAGAAGCGCAGGCCGCCUUGGCGCAGCAGCGCGAAAAGUUCGAAAUGAAACAGAAAAUGCUGCUCGAACAGAAACGAUAUCAGCGUGAAAUAGAGAAACAAAAACUUGUCGAGAUGAAGUCCGCGUCUCGGUCGCGAUCGACUUCCGGUCCAGCCGCCACGGCGAGAAAACCAAAAACCUCGAUCCCGUCUUCAUCGCAAUAUCAUGCAAUAGAGAAGAAAAAACCUGUUCACAUGUCAUUUGACCAACUUAUGCGAGCCGCCAAGGAGAUUCAAAAACCUUCUUCGGCGUCCGGUCCUCUGGCAAAACCAACCACCAGCAAAAUCAGCGCGCCUUCAAGAAAAAGCUCCAAUCACUUGCCGAGAGCUGAUAAAUCAACAUCAAGGGACGAAGCGCCGGGGCAAUAUGACAGGGUGGAUACUGGAUCGCGAAAAUCAAGUGUGAAAGACAAGAAGGAUACCCCCACGAUUUACCACAAACGAGCGAGCACAACGACGCCAAUGAGAUCGACCGAACCCAUGGUUAAUCCCAAAACGCCACUUUCCGCUCGCGAUAAGAUUCGAAUGAUGUACAAAGAACCAAUGCAGAAGUUGAACACUCAAAAGCGUGAUCGACGAUCGGUUAGCGAAAUUCAGCGUGAUUUGCGACAUGCGAGAGGCGUUUAUUCAGAUGAGGAAGAGGACCCACGUCGGGAUCCCCGAUUAAUGACGUCGUCCAAUCGAUCAUUGGCGUCCUUUGCUCCUGUGCCAUCGAAAUACAGCAGUGGAAACCUUGAAAGCCGUCAGAGACAGAUGCUUUCACGAUCGGCCUUGUCUCCACCGCCAAGAGCAACUGCUGCCUCCCAAUCACGACCACGUAGUCCUGGCAUGACGCCUUCAGCAGGCGCUCGUGCUGCGGCAAUAAGACGACGUGAAACGACCGAAGCGCCCAGACCCACGGCUUCGGUUCGACGUAUGCCCUUCAGUCGAUCCAUGGAUUCACGAAGAAUGAUAAAACCACGCCGUCCUUUAGCGGAAGAGGAAGAGGAAGAAGACGAGGAUCUAGCUUCUUUCAUUGUUGAUGAUGAUGAAGAAGAAGCCGAUGUCUACAGCGGCCACAACUAUUCUGACGAAAUUAGCCGUCUUUUCCGCUAUGACAAGCGAAGAUUUGCUAAUGAGACGUAUUCGGAUGACGAUAUGGAAGCGGAUGCCAGUGAGGUUCUCCGCGAAGAAAAGCGAAGUGCCCGAAUUGCUCGACGCGAAGAUCUUGCCGAGGAAAGAGCAGAAAUGGAGCGACUGAAGAGGCGCAAGAUGAAAGGCAAAAACAAAGCCUGAGCUUGUUUUGCUUCAAUUUCGGGAUACUUUUGGCUUUUUUCUUCUCUUUUUCCCUUUCGGGAUUAACAUGAUAUCAAUGGUUUUGAUUUCUUUCUACGAUGUGCUUUUUUUUUUAAAAAAAAAAAAAUAGGUGAAUUACAGCGAUGGGUAAUAGCGAAGAACUUAGUGUCUUCCAAUGUAAAUAAAUAUAGCGUUGUUCGAUAGGUCUUUCAUUA